UUACACUUUGUGUCGCACCCGAAUCUCAACGGGAAGGCUCUGAUGAAAGUUGCGCAGUUCGGGACAGAGCAACACGUCAAGGAAAUAGAAAAGGAAACCACCGCGGAUCAGUGGCUCAACGGCAGAGGUUUGACACCCAAGCUUCUCAGGCCUGUCAUGGAGGACGAACGGGUGGUCGGAUUCCUUGUUGAGGGGCUCGAAAGCGUCAAGGGCUCCCGACAGCUGGACGGGGAGAUGUGCGAGGCCGCGCUUGGCCAGCUGUUCAGUCUGGUGAUGGUUCAUGGUGGUUCUCAUGAAAAUGAUAUGUGUAGUAUCCAAGUAUGGAUAGAAAACGGAUUGUAA